AUGGUUAGCACGGAGUAUGUUUUCGUGAAUGAAAUAGCCUACACCUGCAGUCUAACUGAAACGAUGGCUGAAGAAAGCACCCGUGCCAUAGUCGUGGAUUAUAUAAAAUACAGACUAGACAGUUGUGGAUUUUCUUGGGACAAUGACGGCCGGCAGUUGAACGUCCAGCCCAAUGAGGUUCAAGAAGCCAUGCGUCUUCUUGGAGACGCUUUUGAAGAACGAUAUGGCCGAAAUUUUACGGACAUGAUUGAGAAAAUAAACUUGACUGACGAUAAUGCACCGGACAUUUUUUCUGCUAUAAUGGAUGAAAUGUUCACCGAUGGUGUUGUGAACUGGGGACGCAUUGUGGCUUUGUUCGGUUUCACGGGCCGGUUUGCAGUGUAUUGUUUCCAACAUAACAUGCCAGCUAUGGUCGAUAAUGUAGUAGAGUUGGUUACGACGUAUAUUGACAGUAAACUGAGAAACUGGAUGGACCAGCAUAAUCAUUGGAACGGUUUCCUGGAAUUCCAAGCAGUGGAGCCAGCUUCUUCAAAGUUGGACCUAAAGUGGCCGUCUUUUGGAAGUUUGUGUGGUCUGGCUAUAGCCGGGCUAGGAUUCAUAACACUGCGCGCGUUGUUCACACAACACUCCUAA